AUGAAUCGUAAUGCGGUUCAGUCUUUAGGAUCUCAUAAUUCUAAUAUUUGUCCCCAAGAUAACAACAUAUUUAUUGGAACUUUAUUCAUUGGAGCAGGUCCAGCAACCUUAGGAGUUUUCACACAUGUGUAUUAGAUGAAUAAGUCGAACACCUCCGCACAUGGUUUUUUAAAAGUCAUUUAAUAUGCUAAACCUAAGAAAUCAAAGGAGGAAAAAUAAAAGCAACAGCUUUAAUAGAUCAAUGCUAAUAACAACAACAUCAUAAAAAAGAAAGAAUAUUCUACAAAUAUAAAUCAGCCUGUAUCAUUAUAGGGAUAAUCAUAGAGAAAUCCAGUAAUUAAAUUGCAAGUAAUCUAAGGACCAUCAAAGGAGAUAAUUUAAAUGAGUGAGAAUAACACAUAUGUUCCAUAAGUUAUGACUGGCCUUCUUAAUUUAGGCUAAUCUGACCUAGCUAUGUAUUUGAAGUAAACAGGAAAAAAUAUUGCUCCACUUUAGUUGAUUGGAGCUUUUUUAUCUUUUGCAGGGAACUAGAUGCUUUACGAUAUUUAUCAAAGAUUUAAUAAAAAGAUAUUCUAUCCACAUCACAAAGCAAAGUCAAUUAUAGUAAAUUAAGAUGGGACAUUUGUGACGACUGUGGAGUAGUUUACAUAUGAAAUUCAAAAAGAGGGCGAAAGAUCACUAAAACUGUCUCCGAAAGUAAGAAUUAUUAAAUUUCAUAGCAAAAAUGUGGUUAUUGGUACAGGAGGUAAAUAAAAAAUUCAAAAAGCAAUGUUAAAAAAACUUGAAGUGCAUCCAUCAACUUAUGUAUUCUAAUCAGAUGAUUUGCUAAGAGAAGCCAAAUUCAAAUAGUUGCUACAAAUCAUAUAAAAAUAUAAUCAAGACUUAACUAUUACUAUUGUUGGAGGAUCUCAUUCAGCAUUUUCAAUAGCAUGGCUGUUGCUAAAUGGACCUUGCAGACUUAGAAAAUUUCAUAGUACUAUGGCGAUGAACAUUUCAACUUGUGGAAAAUGUGUUUCUUGUCCUCUUGGAUUAACACACUCAAGUACUUAGUCAUGUUUGUGCUAACAAUAUUGCAAAUGUAUGAGUUCUCCUAAGUUGCCUAAUCCAACUAUGAAUGAUUUAGAUGAUGUACAAUUUCCAUGUAUUUCCUAUGAUAAGACAAAAGUAUAGAUACUUUAUAGAGAUAAAAUUAAGGUGUAUUAUAGUAGCGUGAUCAUGGCUUAGACUGACAAUUAUAAUGACUAUGAUUCAAAACUUGAUGUUUCAAAAGGUGGUAUUGUGUAUCCAUUUACUGGCAUUAGAGGAGAUGCUAAGGAAUUAUAUAGAAAAAUAUCUAAAGGUAUUGAAAAUAGAAUAACUUUAAUUCGAGCCGAUAAUUAUCUUGAAUAGAAGGUGUAUACUAAGAACUCUGAUGUAGUAAUAUUUGCUUGUGGAUAUUAAUCAAAUUAUAUAAGAGUUCAUGAUCAUUAAGGGUAAAGGAUUGAACUUAAAAGAUUAGGAUAGGGUAAAGUAUCAAGCGUUGAAGUUGAUAAUUAAUGUAGAGUAAUCUCUGAUGAGACUAAUAAACCUAUUGAGAAAUUAUUUGGUAUUGGUAUUGGAUUUUCUCUAAAAACUACUGAUAACUUAGUAUAAGCUGAAUAAAGAUCAAAUGCCAAAGCUGACUCUGUUGGGCUAUAUGUUAAAUAAAUAGGACAUAAAUUAUUAGGAUAGCUACUUAAUAGACCAAGAACUUCUCUAGCUUUUAACAGCCAGUCAGUAGUUAGAACAUCCUAACCACCCAAGGUCAGUUAAGUUAUGGUCAAUUAUCAGCAGUAAAAUCUUCUUCACAUUACUAAAACACCAUUGAUGAUUACCCCCAAAAUGAAUGACUAGCUUCUUAAUAUCUUACCAGAUAAGAAACACCUUAAUGAAUAUAACACCUUAACAAAAAAAUCAAGUAAUAUGAAUGAGAUUAGGCAAGCUCUAUAGAAAUCUUCAUUUAGGAAAAAAAGAUAAAGCAGUACAGCAGCCAGUACAAACAGCAUUUCGAAUAGUAAUCAGUAUAGCUAAAGUAUUCAAGCUAAAUAGAUAAUGGCCCCGCAUUCACUUGCUCCAUCUUAGAUGAAGGGUGCAGAUUAGAAAAAAGUUCUCACAGAUCAAUAUUAGUUAACAUAUUGGCAACACAAAUCACCUGAAGUGAAGUAACCUUCCAAGCUUUUGAUUAACAGUAAUAGCGUUAAGCCUUAGAAUAACUUGAGCUCAACUAUGACAACACCAUUACAAAACAUUUUUACAAAGACUAAUCCGAAUUUACCUGAGGGAUCAGGAAAUGGAAAUCAUUAUAUAAAGCAUACUAAUUAAUAUCCUAGUAAUAUCGAUAAAUUGGCAAGAGAAAGAGGUUAAUAAAGUAUGAAUAGAUAUUAGAAUUAAAUCAUUUAAAAUGGAAUGGGAGUCAAUGGGCUGAACAGCACCCAUGGACUUUAGCAAGGUAAGAAUGGGUAGAAAAUUAAAUUAAAGUGA